AUGUUUGAAGUCCCUAUAACUUUGACAAAUAAGAAGUUUGCUCAAAGAAGAAAGUUAAAGUAUCAAUACAUAAAUCAUACCUCUAGAAGAUUUGAAAAAAUUGUAAAAAAAUCAACUACUGCACUUAGUUUACCAACGCCCGAAAAUUCUGCAGCUGAGAAUAAUGAAGAAGACGAUGGAGAACGAAAUGGUGAAGGUGGCGCCUAUAGGAGAUUGAUACUACAGCAGAGAAAAAGAAGAAGAGAACGGCAUUGGAAAAGUGUGGUUGGUGAAAUUUAUUCUAGCACAGAAACUGAGUCGGAUUCUCAAGAGGACGCUGAGGAGGAUGAAGAGUGUAAUACUGAAGGAAAGGAGGAGGAUAUUGACGAAGAGAGGAAGUUUUGGAAAAAAUACGAAAAACCUGAAGAAAGUUUCGAAGUUUGGCGGACAGUGUCUUCGCAAAAUAAAAGCCCCAUCAACAAACAAAAAAUGACUUAUCAUACGUUCAAAAAAAUUGAAAAAAAUUCUUUAAGAAAAAUGGAAGUUCCGCUUUUGCAUUGUACAAAGGAAAGUAAGCUUCACUUUCAAUCAUUAUCGAAAGGCUUGGAACCAUUACAACCUUCAACAUCAGAAGUCAGAAACUACCGUACAAAACAUAUAAUAACAUUAACUAACCUUUUGCAUUUGAAUGUAUCAAGGCAUAACUGGUCGCUUGCAUAUAAAAUCUUUGCUACAUUAAUAAGGAUUCCAGGUGUGCAAAUCAAGUCUAUUUGGGGCAUUGGCGUUGAGAUACUAAAUAAUUCACCAAAUUUAUCAACUAGUCUUGAUUUCCUACAAUGGAUGUGUCAGAUUUAUUCAUCAAAGUUGAGAUUUGUUCAGAGCACCAAUUACCGUUCCAUUGUUCCUCCUUUUCAAACUGGGUCCAGAACACAUACUUCAAAGUUUGCCACUACAUACUUAUGGUCUUCUUUAAUCACUUGUCAGAAAUCUAUGGAACUACCAGACAUCAACGACAAGCGCUACGAUAUGGAGAAUGAUUUAUUGCAAGACCUGAUUGAUAGGAUAUCGGAAUGGGUACUGACCCCUCCAUUUAUGGAAGAUGCUGAGGUUUGGUUUAUUUAUGCAUCGUGUCAUUUAUUGAAAGCCGAUAUUUUAUCGAGGCAAUUCGCUAAUGACAACAAAACUAGCGAUCUCAUUGGCCUGGAUAGGGACAUAAAAAUUAACCAAGUUAUAAAGCAUAUUCAUUAUGUGAAGGUAUUUCUACAGACUUGCUCAGAUAAAGGUGGGUUUACCGUCCCUAACAGGUUGAUAGAAAGUCAAUUAAAAGGUUUCGAAUCAAGACUAUACGGAGAGGCACAGGAUCUUCGAGAGAGGGAAAUGGAUGAUGAUUAUAAUAGCAUUGACGAUAAUUCUGUGAAUAAUUCGUUUAGGGACGUGUAUGAAACGAACGCGGAAUUUCUAGAUACGCAGCUAAUGGAUUUAUCACCGGAGAACAACCAAUUGGGCGAGAUUCCUUAUAGCGAUGAAGAUUCGAGUGAGUGA